AUGUCUUUAUCCAGCGCUGGCCAUGCUUUCUCGGAUAUCCUCCGCUCAAAACCUAAACUUCCGCUGACUUUCCAAACAUUUGCAUCACAUAUUCUUCCACUCCUACUUUGUUAUUAUACAACAGCAGUCCUUGUACUUCUUCCCCGUACCCAACCUAUUCGCAUCAUUUUGCUUCCAAUAACGGUGCUUGCGGUAUUUCGUGCGGUCUUGAUUACAGAUCAGGCGCUGGAUGCGCUAAAGCAUCUAGUGAUAUUCCUGAUCACUGUACGUACGCUUGAGUGGACUUCUCAAAUCGAACCAUAUCGCCGGCAAGCAGUCAGAUACUCUUUCAACAAGGAGGGUUUGGGGACGAAAGCUGAGGCCGUGCCAGAGUACUCUAACCUAUUUAUGAAUGCUCUUGAUCUAGUGUGCAGUCUUCGGGGCGUUGGCUGGAAUUGGUCACGAGGUCUUUACAUACCGCCGGAUACGCGUCCAACAGGCUCGAAAGUCCGUUUCCUGGCUUCGACUUUCAUGCUCUUUGUUUGGUAUACGUUCAUAUGUGGCACUCUGCACACCGCUGUAAAGUCUUUUUCUCCCGAAACAAUUGGCUCCUCGUCAGGUGGCACUACAUUUGACCCUUCUCUCGCGCCUCUGCUACGGUAUACCCGUUCCAGCAUCAUUGCCACACUCACUGCCUUUGUAAUCUUCAAUUUCAUGCAUUGCGGGUACUAUUUCGGUGCUUUCGUGAGCAUAUUUUUCCUCGGUCACGAUCCUUCCCAAUGGCCUCCUAUCUUUGACAAACCAUGGCGUGCAACAUCCCUUAAAGAAAUGUGGGGGCGAAGAUGGCAUCAGUUCUUCCGUCAAAGCUUUGUAUUCAUAGGACGUUGGUUUGGCUUCGUAGGGGGACGCGCUGGGGUAGUUAUGGGUGCUUUUCUCGCGUCUGGGGUGUACCAUCAUAUUGCCACGUUCGCUAUAGACGCAGAAGUCGAUGCAUGGCCCACGUUGGUCUCGUUUGGGAUGAUGGGAGUCGGUAUAUUACUCGAAGCCGCGUUUGAGCGUGUGACUCGACGGCGCGUAGGAGGCUGGGUAGGGUGGCUGUGGACAAUGGCGUGGAUGAUGUUAUGGGGGAACUUGAUGGUAGAUGCGUGGACGAGGGCGGGGAUGCUUGGGUGUUCCAGUUUCUUGGAUCAGGUGGCACCUGUGAAGAAAGCGGUGCAAUGGACAGUAGAAGGUUUUGAUAAGCUAUUGCACCAGUGAGGCUAACCGAAAACAAAAUAUUUUCGGUACUAUCCUAAUUACUAUUCAUUGGACACGAUGGCCCGUGAGCUUGGCGAACCUAUCCCAGUAGCUCUAC